GACGGCGGCGCCGACGCCAGCCUCGAGCUCGUCCCCCACAACGUCCAGCCAUGUCCAAACGGCGCGUCACCUACUACUACGACCCCGAUGUCGGUGCGUUCACAUAUGGCCUCACACAUCCCAUGAAGCCGCAACGCAUGCGCGCAACACACGAACUCCUCACCGCAUAUGACAUGCUUCCCAGGAUGCACGUUCUUCGCGCAAAACGCGCGUCCGCGGAGACCAUGACAAGGUUUCAUACCGAUGAGUACGUGCAGUUCUUGUCGCGCGUCACCCCGGAGAAUGCGCCGCAGUUGUCCUAUCAAGGAACGCGCUUCCUAGUCGGAGAGGACAACCCCGCGUUCGACGGUGUGUUCGAGUUCUGCUCGAUCUCGGCGGGCGGUUCAUUAGCUGCGGCGCACCGUCUCAUGAACGGCCAGACCGACAUCGCGAUCAACUGGGCCGGCGGGCUGCACCACGCGAAGAAGCGCGAGGCGUCCGGCUUCUGCUACGUGAACGACAUCGUGCUCGCGAUCCUCGAGAUGCUCCGCACCGUCCCGCGCGUGCUCUACAUCGACAUCGACUGCCACCACGGCGACGGCGUCGAGGAGGCGUUCUACACCACAAACCGCGUCAUGACCUGCUCCUUCCACAAGUUCGGCGAGUACUUCCCCGGCACGGGCACGCUCGACGACAGGGGCCGCGGCAAGGGGCGCGGCUACGCCGUGAACGUGCCGCUCAAGGAUGGGGUCACGGACGAGGCGUACAGGAGCGUGUUUGAGCCGGUCAUCGACAAGAUCCUCGACGUGUUCCAGCCGUCCGCAAUUGUCCUGCAGUGCGGCGCGGACUCGCUCUCUGGCGACAAGCUGGGCUGCUUGAACCUCACGAUGCAGGGACACGCGAGCUGCGUGCAGUACAUCCGCAAAAAGAACAUCCCGCUCAUGUUGCUGGGCGGUGGAGGGUACACGGUCAAGAACGUCGCGCGGACGUGGACGUACGAAACCGCAUGUGCGCUGGGUAUCGAAAACGACAUCGACCUUAAUAUGCCCUGGAACGAGUAUUUUGAGUGGUUUGGCCCGCGAUAUCGGCUGGAGGUCCCCGCGAGCAACAUGGAGGACAUGAAUCUAAGGGACAACUCGUUGGACAGAGUGCGGGAGACAGCACUCCGGUAUCUCUCAGAGCUGCGUCCAGCGCCCUCGGUAGGGCUGCAGGACGUGCCCCGAGAAAGCGUAGGCGAGCACCUCGGCGUCGGGGACGCCUACGAGCAAGGCCCCCUAGACGACCUCGACGAGAAACUAGCCCGACACACGCGGUUCGUCUACAACCUGCAAGACAGGGCCGCGCAGCCCGACUCCGACUCCGAAUACGACUCGGACACCUCUCUCGCACGCACGCGCGCCCGCUCCAACCCGGCGCGCCGCGGGAAGAAACGUAUGAGCCUCCUUACAGGCGAGUGCUUCGAUGUUCCGCGACCGCCGCCAGAGGGCUACGACCUCGGGUGCGGGCACGAGCCCUGGGCGGCGGGCGACAUGCCCGCUCAGGGCAUGAAACGCAAAUUCUUUUCGAGCGCGGCGCGUUGGGAGGACGCGCUAGAUCGACACCUCGCGGAGCGGGACCGGGCAGGGAUGCGGAAUGGGCGGGUCAACGUGGGCGGGCUCAUGACGAAUGGUGGUGGGGCUGAGCGGGCGCGAACCGCUGAGCUUGGGGAGGAGAUGGACGUCGACGCGGAGGACGACUGAGUACUAGGGACCCGCUGUGGUUCAUGAUUGUUUACUUAUUGGUAUUGUACCAUCCCCUGUCAUAUGAGUGCC